CACCCCGCACGCUCCGCUGGCUGCCAGGGGUGCAGAUUUUUGGGAGAGGAUCCAAAGCAGUGAGUGAGGUAUCGCUCAUCUCGACCUGUCAUCUGCUGUCAUGGACCGAAGAUAGCCCAUCGAAGACGUAGAUGAUGAAGCGGUGUUUUCCCCCUCUGCCUUGGAAUCGAAUGUCUCUGUCACAGACCAGGGCAUUUCUCUAAGGAAAUGGAUACGUCUUCCCAAAAAUACCCAGUCAAAAAGCGAGUGAAAAUUCAUCCCAACACAGUAACAGUGAAAUACACCUCUCAUUAUCCCCAGCCAGGAGAAGAGGGAUGUGAGGAUGUUAAUGAAGAUACUGGAGUAUUUAUGGAGGAUAAUCCUAAGAGAAGACUACUGAAUAAUGGGAAGAAGAGAGAAAAUACUUUUUUUGGUACAAUAGACACCAAGCCAGCACAGCUGCCAAAACCUGAUGAGGCUGGACAAUCCCAGCACUUUGCUGAAGGCAAUGUACUGCAUUCCAGGAAAACGUGGGCAGUCCUUUUUGGGUCUGCCGUGGCUCACGGAUGUGUGGCUCUGAUCACAAGAUUAAUUUCUGACCGUUCCAAAGUGCCAUCUCUGGAGCUGAUUUUCAUCCGCUCAGUCCUGCAGGUGCUGUCCCUCAUUGCUGUGUGCUACCACCACGAGCCUCCCUUCGGCCCCAAAGGCUACAGGCUCCGGCUGUUCCUCUAUGGGGUGUGCAAUGUCAUCUCCAUCACCUGUGCCUACACCUCCUUCUCCAUAGUGCCCCCCAGCAAUGGGACCAUCAUGUGGAGGGCCACCACCACGGUGUUCAGUGCCAUUCUGGCUUUUUUACUCAUAGAUGAAGGAAUGGCUUAUAUAGACGUACUCACUGUCAUGGGCAGCGUGUUCGGGGUUUGUCUGGUCAUGAUCCCCAACAUUGUUAAGGAGGAAAACUCUUUGCUGAGCACCUGGAAGGAAGCUUUUGGCUAUACCAUGACCGUGAUGGCUGGUCUGACCACUGCCCUCUCCAUGAUAAUCUACAGGUCCAUCAAAGACAACAUCAGCAUGUGGACAGCGCUGUUCACUUUCAGCUGGACGGGAACAGUGUGGGGACUGUCCACCAUGUUCCUGCUCCAAGAGCCAAUCGUCCCACUGGAUGGGGAAACCUGGAGCUAUCUCCUUGCCAUCUGCCUGUGCUCCACUGCAGCCUUCCUGGGGGUCUACCACGCCCUGGGCAAGUUCCACCCUGCUCUGGUGAGCACUGUGCAGCACCUGGAGAUCGUCAUCGCCAUGGUCCUGCAGCUCCUUGUGCUGCACAGCUUCCCAGGCACUUGUGAUCUGGUGGGGGCAGUGCUUAUUUUGGUGAGUGUUUUUUUCCUUGCAUGUUACAAGCUUUCCUGGAAGGAAUUAAGAAGGCAAGAUUAUCAGGAGAUUGUGGAUUUGUCCAGUAAAUGAAUGUCGGAUUUCCAUGUCUGAUUCUGUGACCAUGGGGAAGUGACUCCUUCCAGCUCCUGUGUCUGAGCCUGGUGGCCAGGCCAUUUCACUUCUCUCUACCAUUUCACUUCUCAGCUGAUGUAGCAAUGUUGGUAUUUCCAGGCUCCCGUGCCAGGUGGAUUUGUUCUGCUGCACACAAGCAUUUUGUCACACCCAAAAGAGUAGCACAGCCAGCACAGGCUGGCCCAUUGAAAUAAGGGCCAAGCUCUUCUUGACCUUCUCUGGAUAAAGCAAUACAGAGGGACUCAAAAGUGACUCUCAUUCAUGUGUGCUGUGGUAGUAGGAAGAUGAGCCAUUAAAACUGUCAAACCAAAUUGUCAUUUCCUCUGUAAUGCUUCUUAAGCUUUGGCUGUCAUAUUCUAAAUGGAGCAAUGCUAAAUUUCUGUGGCUAAAACUUGCAUUUCCUGUGCAUAUAAAGAAGUCAGUAAAGCUUUUUGUGCUUUGUGGC